AUGCAGUGCGGACGAGUGGCGGCGCGGAGCACGGCAGGGUCUGUGAGCCACCUGCUCCCUGUGUCCACUUCCCUCCUCACCCGCUUGCGUGAGCUGGCAGCGGGCCUGCACAGCUCCUCGGCACCCGAGCCCCCUCCACACUCCCCAUUUGGGCGCCCCCCGAACUGGCAAAGCUGCGACUGGAAGGCGCUGGGGCCGGAGGAGAGCCUGACCCUGGAACCAGAGAAGAGCGCAUACGUGGCCUCCUCCCCGCUCUGGGAGGGCCCUGCCCCCGUGGUCUACGAGUACAGCGUCGAGUCCCCCCUGCUUCCUCCCCAGGUGACCAGAGUUCAGGGUCUGCUGCAUGUGCCCGGCUUGCACAGGGGCCAUCGUGUGGCCAUGCCACCCUCGCUCAUGCGUCGCCCACCCGGGCACCUCACCCGCCCUCUUCAGUGCCAUUCCCCCCUGCCAUUCAUGCGCAGAGCCCUGGGAUCCCCCCCCAACGACAACCCCCUCCGCCCCGCCCUGCGCCACGUCCCCUUCUACUCCUCCUCCCUGCACCACUGCAUGCGCGCGCCCUCGCAGUCCGACUGGCGCGAGCAGCAGGGCGCGUCCCACGCGUUCACGCUGCGCGGCAAGCGCCGCGGCCGCCUGCCCUACAACAUGAUGCACUACCUGGUGCGAGAAGUGUGCGACGGCCUGCGCGCGGCCUCGGACCUGGACCCCGCGCCCGGCACGGCGCUGCGCGCGGCGCUGCUCCGCGCGCUGCACCGCGUGGACCUGGGGGAGAGCGCGGAGGCGGCGGGCGCGCGCGCGCCCGGCGCGCGCGUCGGCCUGCUGGUCACGGGCGAGAGCGCGGCAGGCGCGGUGGCCGCGCUCCGCGCGCUGGGCCUGGACCCGCCCGCGCUGGAGCGCCUGCUCACGUGCCACGCCUGGCUGCUGGGCGUGCCCGGCCCGCUGCUGGCGGCCUCGCUGGAGUGCCUGGGCCUGCUGGGGCUGGGGAGCGAGGCGCUGGCCCGCCUGCUGGGCCGCCACCCGCGCCUGCUGCUGCGCGGCGAGGCGCUGCUGGACACCUGGGAGGUGGGCGUGCCGCCCGAGGGCUGGGCGGCCAUGCCGCAGCUCAUGGCCAAGCCGCUGGCUACGCGCCUGGCGCCCGGUGUCCGCCUCCUCCAGCGCGCGGGCUUCAAAGUGCUCGGGCCGCGACUCACAAAGUUCCCUGGCGGCAAGCCCAAGAGGAAGGACGAGGUGUUCCUGGACGCGCUCUACCUGAAGCCCAUGCGGGCGGUGUGUGCACUGGCCGGGGCCAGCGUCGGCUCCUACCACGACCUCCGGCGCGGGCUGCAGGCAGAGCUGGCGGACUGGGCCGCGACGCGGUAUCGCGGCGAGCUGCUGGAGGGGGUGCUGCGGGGCAUGCGGGAGGACAUCGAGGAGUACGAAUCGACGCCACGCAACCGCGCGCACCUCUCGGAGCCAGGGGAGGGCGCUCCAGGCGCCGCCGGGGCUGAGGCCGAGGAGGAGCCUGCCGUCGCGGCACAAGCCUGA